CAGACGAAGUAGGUCGGCGCUCAGAGCCAAGACAUUUGAGGUGGGGAUGAAGCGAAUACGGCUCCUUUUGUGUUCAGAUAGAGAUGUGAUGAAAAAGGAUGGUCUUUCCCGCGGUUCCCGGUUUUUCUGGCGGUGAGUUUUUGAGGUUGGAACUUGUAAUGUUCCUUAUUACAGACAUCGCCGGUGGGAGUCUAAAGAGCUGUGACACGCCUCUCUCACAUGAGCCAACCACGAAGCAAACGACGAACUAGAUCAACUUGACUCUCUCACGCCAGAAGCACAUCUCGGUUGGAUUCAAACAACAUCAUGGAAUCAAAAACCUUCCAAGAGCAAACUCUCCACCUCCUCGAGAGAAUCGCACAGUCUCAGACGGCCUUGGAAGCGCGCCUCGCCGCAAUGGAGACUAUACUCUCCCACCACGAUACGGAUACGCAACCCCAAUACCCAACCUUUCCGCAAUUCCGCCAGCUGCCACCCGAACUACGACACCGCGUCUGGUCCCUCGUCGCCAUCCCUUCACGUGUCCUCCGUCUAGACGCACGGAACGGGAAGAAGACGAAAACGAGCAAGUCAUCAUCGUCUCCACUGCCAUUACUCCCGCCUGCCAUUGCCGGAGCAUGUCGUGAGUCGCGGGCCGUGGCGACGAAGUACGGCGCGCUGGCGAGACUUACCUACGAGGGGAGCACGAAGGGCGAAGGGGCCAGGACGCGGUGUUAUUGGUUUGAUGGGUCCCGCGAUGUGUUGGAGGUAGACGGCUGGGUUGACGUCGAAGGCGAUUCGCCGCGGGGCAUCAGGGAUCUGGUACAGAGGGCGCGACAUGUUCUCGUGGGUCGCGCUGAGGCGGAGUGGUAUGCCCGUCUUUUCGAACGCGCGGCGUUGGUGAAGCGCGUGAGUUUGAAGUUUGAUUUUGUGGGUGUGCAGUGUAGCACGCAUGGUCGGGACGCCGUGAGACGUAUGUUUGGCGUCGGUAACGUCUGCGGCGGUGACGGUGACUGUGGGACUACGAUCGUCGUCACGGAUCUGGAGGACGCGGAUGAGAUUGCGAGGGUGAAAAGCGUGCUGGGCUCUGGGUGGCGGAAUCCAGUGUUUUUGGAGUUUGAUCUCGAGCUUUGGGCGAGGAGUGGGACGGAGAGGAUGGGUAGGGCUGUGAGGGAUGAGAAGUGGAUGAGGAGGUUGAAUGGGACUUGGAUGAGUGAGGUUGCGAGGGGGUGGGUUAUGGCUCGGGCUGCUGCGGCAUCUAUGAUGGUGAUGGGCGAUGGCGAGGUAGAGAUGGAAGGGGGUCGAGAGGGCGAUGGGAAGGCGAUGGGCGAUGGAGGGAGCUCGGAGGCGAGGAUACGUGUUGCGAGAGCGGUGGCUUUGGAUGUUGAAGAUGGGUUUAUGAGGGAGGCGCUUCUGGGUAUGCCCGAGGUCAGGUUUGUUAGGGCUUUUUGUCUUGAUGAAGACUAUGGUGCCUGUCAUUCAUAGCAAAGCGGCCCUCGUCAUCUUUCACUUUUUAUAGAUGCCGAGACCUUGUAGCUGUUAGCUUUGCGCCGACUUCAGCCUAUGAAAAAUCAACUAAAGUCUUCAAUGACAUUAUCA